AUGGACUGUUACAACCACUUCCACCAGUUGCAGCCUCAGAUGACACAGCGGGUCUAUGAUAAGUUUGUAACUCAGUUGCAGACAUAUCGGGAGGAGAUCUCAGAAAUUAAAGAGGAAGGGAAUCUAGAAGCUGUCUUGAACUCUUUGGAUAAGAUUAUAGAAGAAGGCAAAAACCAUAAGGAACCAGCCUGGCGACCUAGUGGAAUCCCAGAAAAGAACCUGUGCAGUGCCAUGGCACCCUACUUCCUGCAGCAGCGGGAUACCCUGCAGCACCAUGUACAGAAACAGGAGGCCAAGAACCAGGAACUGGCCAGCGCUGUCCUGGCAGGACGCAGGCAGGUGGAAGAGCUGCAGCAACAAGUGCUCACCCGUCAGCAGGUGUGGCAGGCUCUACACAGAGAACAGAGGGAGCUGCUGUCACUGCUGAGGGUCCCUGAAUGAGGAGCUGCUGGGCCUUAGUGCAAAGGCAGUCGACGUCAAGGCCUGUCGGCUUGCUGGGCCUGGGCAGGUAGUCUUGAGUACAG